UGUUCUGUCUAUGGGUAAAGGAGGAGCAGGCCCUCGAGGUGGAGUUAUCACACCAGGCAGAAAAAAACCAACUAAGUAGGUUAAAGUCAGAAGGGAGGUGACAGGGAUGGAGCUACACAAGUGACAGAGAGAAGAAUGUGGCCUGGCCAGCUAUAGCCAGACUUUCGUACAAACCACCUGCAGAGACGCCAAGCGUACAGGUGAUGUCUUCUCCAACAUGGAGCUGGAUGUAUACCUCCAGGUGGGAUAAGUGUACUUCGCCAUCAGCCAACCUGGGAAAUUAAUCCAUGGGGAGUCUGGGAUCUGGAACCUGUCCACUGCUGGUCAUCAUCGCCCUGCACCUACUACUCCUGCAGAGCCCAUGUCAGGGGUGGUUAGCAGGAAAUGAAGAUUCACCAAGACAAAUCAAAGCCAACUUUGCAUACAGACGAAUAGACAAUCCGUUCUCUCGUAUAAACAAGUCGGAGAAUUUGACGUCCCCCCAGAACCUUCCUCCAGAUGCCCUCAACGUCUCCACCGUCCUGUGGGACAAAAAGCCAUGCGUGCAGAUCGCUGUUUCCCUAAAUGUGUCAGGACUCCCCGGGUUCCGUGGCUUUGACAUCAGACUUCUGGAAACCAGAAAUAACGGGUUUCAUUCAAUCAGGAUUUUAAAAAGGAAAACUUCUCUGGCUGGGGAUUUGUUGCAGUUACAGUUCCACUGCUGGACAGUUGCACCCGGGCAGAAAAUUUCGGUGUCACUUUUAACCAUUCCAGAUUAUGGCAUAACGAUAACGAAAAAAGUACAUAUCCAGCAUUAUAACAAAGCGCCGCAGUUCCAAUAUCAGCACUUAGCGGAAGAGAAGAGAUUUGUGGUGUCCAUACCCGACAGCCAAAAUGCUUAUGCACGCCUGUGCCACAAACUUAACGUCUGUGAAGAUCUGGAGAACAGCGACAAGAAGUUGUUCAAUUCUUCACACAGUAUCUCCUUAUCAUACGACUCUGUACUUCCCUGUUUAUGUAUUGAGGUAUUUUAUGCACAACCUAAUAGUAGACGGAAACAAGAGUGUCCCUUUAUAGAGCAGCCGGAGCCUUAUUUCGCAGAUCUGAUGAGGGUGUCUACAAAGGAGAUAACGUUUAAAGCCAACACCAUGAUGGUUCACUAUAUUAGUCCAUGCCAGACAUGGAGUCCCAAUGUUUCUCUAUGCAGAAAGCAAAAUGGAAGCUGCGUGACGGUCGAUGAUGCCACCAUAGAACCAUAUGACCUGAAAUAUUCAAUUUCCAACAUCGACAGAGACCCCAACCUAUGUUUCAAGUUCACAUUAGGUUAUCACACCUUUGUCAAAUGUCCCAACAACAGCGAUCGGGUCUGGAAAGUGGAAGUUAAAUCCAACCUCUUUGAUGUGCUUCUGAAAAUCUCCUCUGAGGUUCCGGCCGCUUUCAAUGGGGCGAUCUGCUACCAAAACCAGAGUACGGGCGCCUGCCACAUCCAUUCCGCGGUAUAUCAUUUUUCAGCGAAGCAAUCGAAAACGAUGCAGCUCUCCCUUCCUUGGCCCGGCCUCGGUCGUUGUAUCAAGGUGUGGCGGUCUGAUGUCCGUUUUGCCCAUGAACGUCUCAUCUGUUCAUUUGAUUAUUCCCACAAACACCUCGGCCUGAUCGCGCUCGUGGCGCUGCUGGUGGUCUUCGCUCUGACGUUAUUCUGCUUCAUCACCUUCCGCAGGAUAUGGAAGAUAUUCACAGCUCCACUUUGGAGAAGAACCGUCCUGCUUGUGUAUUCUCCGGAUUCCUCCGAGUAUAAGACUCUCAUCUGUGCCUUUGCCGACUUCCUGCAAAGCAUCCUGGGCUGCGAGGUCAUCUUGGAUAUGUGGGAUAUGAACACGGUGAGCAAGAUUGGGAUGUUACCUUGGUUUUAUCAAAAGAGAGAGCUAGUGAGUCAAAGGAAAGGCAAAGUGAUGAUCAUGUGGACCAAACGGACUAAGUCUAUGUAUCAUCAGUGGAGGAACCGCCAACUCAACAGUUUUGCGUGGAAAGACCCAACAAACUUGUUUGGGGCCGCUAUGUCUUGCCUAAGUAAAGACCUGGGAGGAGAACAGGAGAGCGGGAAGUUGAAGGAGUACUCCAUAGUCUACUUCGAAGGCCUUUGCGAAAGGAAAGACAUUCCGAAAAACCUGAGGAAGAUCUCCAAGUAUCGUCUUUUUAAGGACCUCUACAGACUGGUCAUCAAGCUGCAGGACACUACUUGCCUAGCUUCACAAUGCCUGAUCAAGGCAGUUGCCAAAUACCUCAUGAAAAAGCUAAUACGCUUGGAAGAGAGCCAAGACCUACAACACCACGUAGAACUUUGCAAGCAAAGACUACAUGAAGAGGUUGGCGCAGAGAAGAAGAAGAGUCAACAGGCCUUUGAGCCCUUAUUAGGGCUGGACUGGGACAAAAAUUUGGCCCUGGACUUCAUCCAGACGGGCCCACUUUGACAGGUCUCUCCCAUGGCGG